CCGCUUCCCUGUCGUCCUUCAGGCCGUUGGUUCGUUAGCUGCCGUGAGCCGGUACCGUGGGUCGGUUAGCCCGGACUGUCAUGGUCCCAGCUCGGAGAUGGCGUCCUUCCCGGGUUUGUGUAAGGCUGUCGGGCCCUCGGAGGAGGAGAACGGAGAGCUGGACGGCUCCCUGCUGCACAUGCUGAAGGCCAUCGCCGACGAGCGGAACCGACUGAACAGCAGACAGGAGAUCAGCGGGCUGGGCUGUCUCAAAGACGACCGAAUCGUCUUCUGGACCUGGAUGUUCUCCACCUACUUCAUGGAGAAGUUGUCUCCCCGUCAGGACGACAUGCUGUUCUACGUCCGCAGGAAGCCCGCCUACGUCGGCGCCGACGACGCCGAGGGCAAGAAGGUGGAGGUGGAAGUCUACAGGAGGGACUCGAAGAAGCUGCCGGGCCUUGGUGACCCGGACAUCGACUGGGAGGAGAGCGUCUACCUGAACCUGAUCCUGCAGAAGCUGGACUACGUGGUCACGUGCGCUGUGUGCACGCGCUCAGACGCCGGAGACAUUCACAUCCACAAGAAGAAGUGUCAGGAGGUGUUUGCGUCUCCCAGUAAACACGCCAUGGACAGCAAAGGAGAGGAGUCCAAGAUGAGCUACCCCAACAUCUUCUUCAUGAUCGACAACUUUGAGGAGGUGUUCAGAGACAUGACGGUGGGGGAAGGUGAGAUGGUGUGUGUGGAGCUGGUGGCGAGCGACAAGAGCAACACCUUCCAGGGGGUCAUCUUCCAGGGCUCCAUCCGCUACGAGGCGCUCAAGAAGGUUUACGACAACCGGGUGAGCGUCGCCGCGAAGAUGGCGCAGCGGAUGUCCUUCGGCUUCUACAAGUACAACAACAUGGAGUUUGUGAGGAUGAAGGGGCCGCAGGGGAAGGGCCACGCUGAGAUGGCCGUCAGCAGGGUGCCGACCGGCGACACGUCGCCCUGCAACACCGAGGAGGACCAGGUGUCCCCCGUGCACGAGAGGGUGAGGGUCUAA